CUCGCAACUUUUCACACAAUGGCCGAGGAGGAUUUCGAAAUUGACAUUUAUGGCGAUGCCAACCAGGAGCAGCAGGGCGGUGAUGACAACAAGCAUGAACAGUCCUAUGAAGGCGGUGGCCAUCAGGAUGAACAUGGAGCCAACGACAAUGAACAGUACCGGGAUGACCAGCAGCAUGGAGAAGAUUCAUCUCACGCAAAACACGAUGACGAUUCUAGCCACACCGAGUCUGCCACACCACAGCAGAGCAACCCGCUGAAGCGCAAAGAAGGUUCAGAUGAGCGGGCCAUCGACCCAGGUGCCACUUCGGCAAUCCUUAUUUCCGAGCUCCAAUGGUGGAUCACCGACGACGACAUUCGAGGCUGGAUCCGUGAGGCAGGCUGCGAGGACGAGUUGAAGGACAUAACCUUCAGCGAACACAAGGUUAAUGGCAAGAGCAAAGGUCAGGUUUAUAUUGAGCUCACAUCCCAGCAGGCAGCAACAGCUAUCAAGCAUCGCCUGGAAUCCCAAGGCGAGGAUGGCUCCUCACAAGCCGGCAGGAAGCACCAAGUAAUCUAUUCUUCUCCAACGAUGAACCCAUUCCGAACUCUGCCUAAGGACCAGCCCCGGACGGGCAAGGAUGGUCAAAACCGUCCCACUUCUGGCGCUGGCUACAAUAACGAUCGCACAGGCAACAUGGGCGGCGGAGGUGGCAAUUUCAACGGAGGUUAUAAUAAUCGCGGUCGUGGCGGUUAUAACAACAUGCGCGGCGGAAUGGUCAACAAUAUGAACCAGGGCGGAUUCAACCGCAACUUUAACAACAAUGCCUACAACAACAACAACAACAACAACAUGGGCUUUAACAAUCCGAUGGGUGGUGGCAACUUUGGAGGCGGCGGCGGUGCGAACUUUGGUGGCUUCCGCGGCGGUGGAAUGGGCAUGAACUCGAACAUGCGCGGAGGUGGCAUGCGUGGUGGCCGCGGUGGUAUGGGAGGCGGCAUGAUGGGUGGAGGUAUGGGUGGUCCCAUGGGCAACAUGGGCAACAUGGGCGGGGGUAUGGGCAACAUGGGAAACAUGGGAGCCAUGGGUAUGGGGGGUAUGGGCGGACCUAUGGGAGCCAUGGGAGGAAUGGGAGGAAAUAUGGGAGCUAUGGGAAUGAUGGGCGGAGGAAUGCCCGGGUUCCAAGGCAUGCAAGGGGGCUUCAACCCACAGGGCUUCUUUGGCGGUGGAGGCGGCAACAACAACAAUAACGCGCAGGGAGGUGGUGGCAACAACGAGUGGCAGAAUCCGCACGGCGCCAAACGUCCUCGGCCGGAGUAG